AAGACGGUCCUUUAGAUACAGUUGAAAAUGUUGUAAAUCAAAUCGGCGCAGGUCAAGUUGAUGAUAAUGAAAAUUCUUCUUCUGAUGAAUUCAWCUUCAUUACUAAAAAUGGUGAAAGUGAAUCAUUUAUAAAAAAGUUUAAUACAAUGGCGAGGCGUAUGAAGUUUUCCUUUAAAGAUAAUGCACCGGAGAAUCCAAUCMAAUGGAUACAAAAUGCAAUUCAAGAACUGUUGACGUAUAUGUUUAGAGGAUUUGCAUGUGAUGACUAUGUCGGCUUAGUUCUUGAAAAUGAAGAAUUCCCCGAGCGACCUGUGUAUAUUUCUUUCCGAAAAUUAUCGCAAUACAAUGUCGCAAUGGUGAUGGAAACUAUUGCAAAUGUUCUUCAGAGCAAUCGUGCUUUCAUUGUGAAUGAUCGUUUGUCGAACUGUAACGAAGCGUUUGGGAUUUUCCACUAUACGUCAUCGGCCUGCGCGUUCAUGGGUAUCCCCACCGAAUUCGACCGUGUUUGUUUACCUCCGAAGCGGAUAAAAGGCGAGCGCGACGUACAAUCCGACACAAUCAUCCGUUCAGGGAUUAAGGGUCAAGGACUUUUAUCACUUAGGUGA